UUAGCUUAGUGUAUUAAUUCAGAAAGCAGUCGUUUGCAUCUGAUUGUAUGCCUUAGUAAUCACAACCAUCUGCCUCCCUAUAUUAAGGAGUUGGUCUCUUUAAUCCAGCUUACAGCCCGCAAACCACUCUUCUCCAUCAUCAUGCCCUUGAGCAGAUGAGGCCGUGCAAAGUCCUCUGCUCUUAAGCGUGUUGCUAUCGUUGAGGAUUUGGGGAGAUUUUGUCUUUUUUUUUUUUUUUUUCUGUCCUUCACGUUUCGUCUGAGUUUUGGUUUAAUUUUUCUGGGGGCAGAAACCAUGGCUUUCUUUAUGAAAACUAUGAUUAGCAAUCAGGUCAAGAGCUUCGGAUUCGGUGGCGGGUCAGAAGAAAAGAAAGAAGAAGGAGGAACGUCGGAUCCCGCGGCAGCCCAAGGGAUGACUCGAGAGGAGUACGAGGAGUAUCAGAAGCAAGUGAUCGAGGAGAAGAUGGAAAGAGAUGCUGCAUUUACACAAAAAAAAGCAGAGAGGGCAUGCCUCAGAGUUCAUCUCAGAGAAAAGUACAGACUCCCGAAGAGUGAAAUGGACGAGAACCAGAUCCAGAUGGCUGGAGACGACGUGGACCUGCCCGAAGAGCUCCGGAAAAUGGUGGAUGAAGAUCAAAUCGAGGAGGAAGACAAGGAUUCCAUUCUUGGGCAUUUACAGAACCUCCAGAACAUGGACUUGGACACCAUCAAAGAAAAGGCCCAGGCCACCUUCACGGAAAUGAAGCAGACGGCAGGGCAGAAGUGCUCUGUGAUGUGAGGGAGGGCGCGGGGUCAAGGGCAAGGUGGCCGCUCUCCUGAGGAACACUGCCAGCAAUGAAUCCUUAAACAUAGCAGACACAGAGAAACCAUGGUUAGAAAGCUCCACAAACUGGUAGACAACACCUUGAUGAUCUAAAUGUUCCUGGUAGAGCUCUUAGCCAGCACCUUGCAGUAGGAAACAGACUCUCCUUUUAGUUAUAAACGUGGCUC